AUGCCUAGGAGCCGGAAGAACUCAGUCAUACAGGAUGUAGCGGCAAAUCCCGGUGCCUCCUCUCACGAUGAGCUGCCUCCGCUUUUUGGGGAUAGUUCGUUACGCCAAAAAGUAGACACUCUGUUGGCAACGGUUGAAACAGAGAUUGAACCUCAGGUAAUUGAGCUGCUGGCGCCAGAGUGGCGGCGAGCUUCUGCUCUGGGGUCUGCGAACGACGAGUAUACAUUGUACAGCGGAUACGUGGCGGAAGUGGACACCAGAACUGGCGAACUGGAGGACCUGCUGACGGAAACCAGUGCAGUCAAUCAUCAGUUGGGAGAGCUGGUUACCAAGUUUAAUGAGAUAUCGCUCAAGGUGGCGCACUUCCAGGAAACCACAGAUGUUUUGCAUACGGAGUACGACCAGUUGGCCGCUCAGUAUGAGCAGAUCAGCACGGAGUUGAGUCACUUCGAAGCACUAGACCCGGUCAUGCGGAAGCUCAACCAGUAUUCCUCGGCGAAUGUGGUCAAAAGGGAGUCCUUCCGUAAUACUCUGCGCAAGAUAAACAGUUCGCUGGAGUUCAUGGACGCGCAUCCCAUGUAUUCGGAGGUUGGCGCGUAUAGGCUGCGGUUCAAGCAAUGUCUAGUCAGGUCUUGCAGUUUGAUUGUCAACUAUCUCACGAACUUCCUCAGAGGUGUGGAGACAGAUGUGAACUCCAAGCUUCUGAACAUUGCGAACGGGACAUCUGGGAGCGCCUCGAGGGACGCCCUUCUCUACAAUAAGUUCGCUGCAGCUGCAGAAGAAUUUUCGUCCCUGCUUCAGACACUGCAGCAGCAAGUGAAUUUGGAGUCCAAUUCCAAGUACCGGGAAGAGUUAGCCUCUCUACUUGACGAGUGCUAUGAGCAUUACUUCCGUAUCAGGGACAAGUUGCUACAGCAUACUAUAAGGGCCCAAUUGGAGGAGUCAGCAGGCCUGCUGGGCGAGAAUAUCAUGGUUCGUUCGCUACAGCAGAAUAUAUUAUUCUUCACCAAACUGUGUGAAAAAGAGUAUAACAUAUUUUCCAAGUUCUUUCCUCAGGAAACCGAUUUGCAGCGUAUCAACGAUUGGCUCUAUCAACUAUGCGAGCCUCUACAUGAUUCGACCCGGGCAGAUAUUCUAAGAGAAAGCUCCAUUACACAUAUUUGCGACGCGAUCACUCUUUUGAAUAAAUACUAUCAGUUUGAGGAAUCAUCCACUGAAUACAGCUUACAAUUUGGUAAAGUUAGAUUUGAUAGACUUUUUGAACCGAUUCUGCAGGAUCUACAGGCCAGGUUGAUCUUUCGUGCAGAGGCGUAUGUACAGCGCAAAGUCACGAACUAUACUCCACCUAAGGAGGAUACAGACAAGCGCACAGGCAAGGGAACAUACGGUACAAUGGUCGAUACGCAUACUGGAGCUGCAGACGAAGAUCACAGCUUGUUGUUGCAAUUCCUGGAAAAUUAUGAACUUCCAGAAAAUGGCAGUUUGGUAGGCAACCAAUUGAAGGCUUAUUACCCAUCCCUUCUUUACGCUCUUGCGCUGCUUUCAAAGGUAUAUCAGCUGGUCAAUUCCUCUGUGUUUGAUAAUCUCGCCCAUCAUAUUGUGCAUGACUGUAUACAAUCGUUAAAAGGUGCAUACCAGUCUUCGCCAGACUUCACGCAUUUAGAUGACAUGCUGACAUACCUCAAGAACCUCUUGAUGCUACGCGACCAGGUGCAGCACUUCGAUAUUCAAUACAGCAGUAAUGAGACAUAUCUUGAUUUCUCCGGCUUGGGCGAGCUUAUUAACUCGAUACGCAAGGGUUCAUUUCCGUCUGGCGGCUCAGGCUCUGUCCUCAGUCUCGCUCGCGAAACCGUACCGAAGAUAGUUAACAAUAUGAUCGACGCCCGUUCAGAAAUCGUGGUAGAGCUCAGGAACCUGCUCAACACAAUCACGACGGUCGCUGCACGGGACUUACUACAGGACACUCUUCAAGUGACGUUGCCAGAUGCCCUCCCCGGUGCCAAUCUCAAACUCAAGAUGAACAUUGAGGAACGGCUACCCAAGUUUCAGCAACUCGUCGCUGCGCAUAUGCCAGACCAGUCCGUCGCAGUCCACAUAGUCCACGCGGUCCGUAAUGCAGUGGUGCAGGAAUAUUCCAUGUACAUCGAGGGCAUCUCUGCAGAGGUAGCGCGGGGCGCUAUACCCCACGAUACGUUAGACGUCUUGCUAACUCCAGACCUUCUGAAUGACCUCUUCGAUGCCACAAUGGUGCCAUCGGCGACAGACGGCAUGAAGGACUCUGGCUCGCCAAAGCAUUCAUAA